UCAAACCGCGCGACUUGGGCGGGCGAUUUGAAACGCGGGAGUGUUUUUGUUGUGUGUCACCGAGCGGAGGGCGUCCGUCAUCGGGGGAAUUUUGAGGUUACAGCCAAGCUGUGUUGACCAUGAAGGAAGGGGAGACUCACAGCGUGAUGGUGGAGUCCAACCGACACAUAGACCCGCCGCGGAGGCGUUCGCCGCGGCUAAGUUCUACCCUGCAACCGCCGGGGAAGAUUGACACAAACAUGGCCGCGCUGGAGGCCGUCCCGGUGAAACGGUCCAUCACUCUAAGGAAAAUAGCUCCGAGAAAAACCGUUACCUCCGCGGAGCAGGACAAGGAGAACACACCACGGCGAACGAGCAACAGACUAGGGCAGAAAAAAGAGGUGUCCACUCCUGACUUGGUCCCAGACCGCAGGGCCUCCGCCAUCUCUUCGGCUAAGAAGAAGAAACAGGCCUCGAUGCCGUCCCCGAUCUUGCCUUCCUCCCCGCCGACCUCAAACCCCGCAGAAAAGCCGCCAGCGACCCCGGAGGACGCAGAAUGGGCGCGAAAGGUGCGCCGCUCCUACAGCAGACUGAGCGACAAGUCCCUCCACAGCCCGGACUCUCGCGAUACUUUGUUCGGCUUCCAGCAUCUGCAGACACCGGAGGUGAACCGGGCGGCAGGGCAGUCCAGGAGCGCUCUGGAGCUUUCCUCCAUUUCUGCCCUGAACUCUUUCACGUCUCUGCUCGAUACCGACGCCGGCGGUGCGGCCGAACCGGACCCGAACAUCCCUGGAGUGGCUGUGGUGAAGGAGAGGAAGAGGAGGCGGAAGAAGGUGGCGCCGAUCGACGGCGUGGAGCUGGACGUUCUGGUCGCCCAGAUGAACGCGGAGUUCCAGGAGGCGGAGGAGUUUGAGCUGGUGGUGGAGUAGAAACUGGCUCUACUCAAGCCCAGGGGAAGCUUCUCAAGGACUGUGAUAAAAAUAAUUCAAGAAAAUGUUAAAAAUGUCCAGAUAUUUUUAUUCCUUCACUUGGUGUGAAAUAGUUUUUAAAUACAUUUUCAGUAUCACAUUUGCUAGUCGUUUGUAACUUCAGUUUUUUUGGUUUAUUUAAACCGGACUUUAUCCUUUGGCAGAAUUUAAGUGCUAAAACCGUUUACUGAGGAGCAUUUCCCCAAGAAUUACGUUUGGAGCUAAAAGGCUUUUAUUCUGAAAUGAAGCUUGAAAGCUUUUAUGCAAAAGUCUGGAGAUAAAAAGCUUUGAGUCGUAAAAUUGGUGCUGAACAGCUCUUACUUUGAAGUUUGAAGAUAAAAAGCUUUUAUUCUGACGAUUGGACUUUAGAAACAUUUAUCCUAAAGGUUUUGACUGGAGACGCUUUUAUUCUGCAGUUUGGAUUCUCUUUUUUUUUUAACUUUCCCAAAUGUUUUUAGAGAAAAAUAAAGUACAUGGCAUCUGUAACCAGCACUUUUUCCUCUUUAAUUUUGUUUUUUCUUUCUAGUUUAAGAGAAAUCCAUUUAAGGUUGUUUAUAUCUUAUAUGUGUCUUUUAAAUACAUUUCUUCUGUUCUGUGUAUUUGAAUAAAAGCAAACAUCUUUUUUUAAACAUA